UACACCCCGACUCCCCUAAUACCGCUCCCGGAGCUAGCAGCGAAACUCGGGGUUCGCAGUGUUCUCGUGAAAUAUGAAGGAAGCCGCUUAGGGCUGCCGUCAUUCAAAGUACUUGGUGCAUCGUGGGGGGUGCUAUCGCGCGAUCGCCGCCUAUCUCGGCCGUCCAACAAACGUCAGCUUGGAAAUCAUGUCUGCCAUGGCGAAAGAAAAAUCAGUGACGCUUUUUGCACCAACCCAAGGGAACCAUGGCCGAGCAGUAGCAUUCAUGGCUCGAAUUCUGGGUAUUGGCUGCCGGAUUUUCGUAUCCCAGUCCAGGGACCAGCCGACCAUGAUGGUUGAGAUUGAAAACCAACUGGCUCACAUGGGUCUCCAGGGCAGCGUCAUGUUCACCCCUGUUGGAGUGGGUAGUCUCGCAAAUACCGUAGCAACAUUUUUGUAAAUCGCGCGAUAUACCUCUCUCUGUGGUUGCAGUCGAGCCAGAUACUGCUGCUUGUCUGCAGGCCAGUUUACGAGCUGGACAGUUAACACCAAUUGAGACAUCAGCAACGAUCAUGGAUGGUCUGAAUUGUGGCACCGUGUCAACCUUGAUUUGAUAUUGAACGACCAGAUUUGAGUGAAAUCCGAAUCCCUAGGAACCUUCGUCGCGAGUGCUCGAAUGAGGUAUGUAGCACCAUAUAUACCUACUCUGUAGAAAUCGACAACACUUGAUGGGAUUCUUAUAUCAUUUUUAUAUCAUGAGUGUUGAUA